AUGUCUCUCACCAACAAGCUUGCUAUCACUGACGUUGACCUCAAGGACAAGCGCGUCUUGAUCCGGGUCGACUUCAACGUCCCUCUCGAUGCCGAGAAGAAGAUCACAAACAACCAGCGUAUCGUUGGCGCCCUUCCCUCCAUCAAGUAUGCUAUUGAGCAAGGCGCCAAGGCCGUCGUCCUCAUGUCCCACCUCGGCCGCCCCGAUGGCAAGAGGAACGAGAAGUACAGCUUGAAGCCCGUUGUUCCUGAAUUGGAGAAGCUGCUCGGCCGCAGCGUCCUCUUCACUGAGGACUGCGUUGGCAAGGAGGCUGAGGAGACCGUCAACAAGGCCUCCGGUGCCCAGGUCGUUCUCCUUGAGAACCUGCGCUUCCACGCCGAGGAGGAGGGCAGCUACAAGGAUGAGGAGGGCAAGAAGGUCAAGGCCGACAAGGAGAAGGUCGCAGAGUUCCGCAAGGGACUGACUGCCCUGGGUGACAUUUACAUCAACGAUGCUUUCGGAACCGCCCACCGUGCCCACAGCUCGAUGGUUGGUGUCGACCUGCCUCAGAAGGCUUCUGGAUUCCUUGUCAAGAAGGAGCUUGAGUACUUCGCUAAGGCCCUGGAGAGCCCCCAGCGCCCAUUCUUGGCCAUCCUCGGAGGCUCCAAGGUCUCUGACAAGAUCCUGUUGAUCGACAACCUGCUCCCUAAGGUCGACAGCUUGAUCGUCACUGGUGGUAUGGCUUUCACCUUCAAGAAGACCCUCGAGAACGUCAAGAUCGGUGGCAGUCUCUUCGACGAGGCUGGAAGCAAGAUUGUCGGCGAUGUUGUCGAGAAGGCCAAGAAGAACAACGUUAAGAUCAUCUUGCCCGUCGACUACGUCACUGGCAACAAGUUCGCCAAGGACGCCGAGGUUGGCUACGCCACCGAUGCUGAGGGUAUCCCCGACGGCUGGAUGGGUCUCGAUGUCGGCAAGAACAGUGUUGAGCUGUACAAGACCGCCAUCGCCGAGUCCAAGACCAUCCUCUGGAACGGUCCUCCCGGUGUCUUCGAGUUUGACAACUUCGCCGAGGCCUCCAAGGCCACCCUCGAUGCCGCUGUCGCGGCUUCUCAGUCCGGCUCCACCGUCAUUAUCGGUGGUGGUGACACCGCAACCGUUGCCGCAAAGUACGGCAAGGAAGACAAGAUCAGCCACGUCUCGACCGGCGGUGGUGCUUCCUUGGAGCUGUUGGAGGGCAAGGAGUUGCCCGGUGUUUCCGCCCUUUCCAGUAAGUAA